GCACUUCUUUCCCUCUUGCAUCUGGUUUUAUCUGUUUAGAUUAUUUUUUCUCCCUAAAAAUGGAUCCAAACCGUUCUCCCCCUAGAUACUACACCAAUAGCCCCCCAUUCCAAAGAAUUCCUCGUUCUGCACAACAAUCUUCUGUAAGAAAUUUUCAAAUUGAUCCUACUCACCCGAAUUUUGGAAUGGCUAUGCAGCUAUUGCAAAAUAAUUCUAAUUCUGUAGAAUAUGCUCAUGCUACUGGUCCAUUAAAUAAUGGACCCAUGUUUACUCCAAAAAUAAACUAUUUUCCUCAAGAUCUGAAUCCUUUUUCUACUCAGCAGAGUUUUUUUGCUCCUCCAGUACCACAAAACUUCAACGGUAUGCCUCACAUGAACUUCAACCAUGAUCCUUCAAUGUUUGCUCGUGAGGCAAGUCGUGAAAAUGUGACUUCUGUUAAUCUUGGAGAUGAGGAGGACGAAGUUGAGGCAAACACAGAGUUAGUGUCAUCACCGAGUAAGAGUACAAAGAAAAAAGAUGGACGAGCGAGUACGUCAGUUACUUGGACCAUCCCUGAAGAUGUGGCCUUAACAUGGGCAUAUAUUCAUGUUGGUGGAGACGUCUCAAAAGGUACGGAUCAAAAACACCUCACACAUUGGUUUAACAUCACAAAACUGUAUUUGGAUGCACAACAGGAGCAACCAGAAAAAUUAAGAGUGAGAACGUUAGAGUCAUGUUGUAACCGGUUCAAACGUGCAAGCACACUCAUAAGCAAAUUUGCCGGAAAUUAUGAUGAAGCCGUUCGACAUCGUAAGAGUGGGUGGACUGAAGAAGAUGUUAUAACCGAGGCGAAGCGCCUAUUUGGUGCAGACCACAAUAACAAAGCUUUUCGAUUUGAACACAUGUGGAACAUAUUGAGAAAUUAUCCUAAAUGGGGGGGUGGUGGAUCAAACAUGCAAAGUUCUUCCCAAUUUUGUGAAAGUUAUUAAAUUUGAAAUUUACUCCACACCUAACAUCACCCAUCAAUUAAAUACGUACGUAACAAAUAAAUACAUACCUAACAAAUAUAUGCAUACCUACCAACUAAAUGCACCUACCAACUAAAUGGACCUACCAACUUCAUACUUACCUAAAAACUAAAUGCAUGCCAACUAACAUAACUCAUACCAACCACAUCUACCAGUCUAAAUCACAACUAUUUAAUGUGGACACUACAUUGAAGAAAAAACACACCUCAAUUCAACUCCCUAAAUAUGUCUGCAUCCUCUACCUCCUCCGACUCUUACAUCGAUGAAUUUCAAAGUGAAGUUGACGAGUUCGUCAAGUUCAAUGAAGAUGUUGACGCACGACGUGAAGAGAGAAGGGCGGUAGAGAAUAGCAUAAUAUCUACUUUACCUCAAUUGCUAACACAAACAAUUGAGCGUCCAAUCCAAAGGCGACGUUACUUGCAUAGGGACCGAGACGAUGCUCAUAAACGUCUAAUGUGUGAUUACUUCAUCGACAGUCCAACAUAUGGACAACGUGAGUUUCGUCGUCGAUUUCGUAUGCGCAAAUGUGUCUUUGAGGGAAUCAUGAAUGCUUUGAGUGCACAUAAUACAUUCUUUCACCAAAAGCGAGAUGCUGUUGGUCGAAUGGGAUUAUCUGUGCAACAAAAGUGCACUUGUGCCAUACGGAUAUUGGCGUUUGGAGUUACGCCAGAUAUUUUAGAUGAGUAUCUCAAAGUUGCAGAUACAACUGGAAGAGAAUGUCUCCUUCAAUUUGUUGAAGGGGUCACAACCAUAUUUGGGCCCGAGUACCUUCGUAGGCCAAACACCCAAGACGUCACACAACUUCUUGCGGAGGGUGAAAGUCGUGGAUUCCCAGGCAUGAUGGGUAGCAUUGAUUGCAUGCACUGGGAGUGGAAGAAUUGUCCCCGAGCAUGGAGAGGUAUGUUUCAGGGUAGGAAUAAAAAAGCUACCCUUAUCUUGGAAGCUGUUGCUUCUCGUGACCUUUGGAUUUGGCAUGCAUUCUUCGGGACACCAGAUGGUAUUUAUCCUAAAUGGGCUGUCUUUGUUCAAUCCAUCACUGCUCCACAAAUUGCCAAACACAAACUUUUUGCACAACGACAAGAGGGUGCGAGAAAAGACGUGGAACGAGCUUUCGGAGUCUUACAAGCGCGAUGGGCAAUUGUAAAGUACCCAUCCCUAGCUUGGGAUAAACAAGUAUUGGGAAAGAUAAUGAUGGCUUGCAUUGUUAUGCACAACAUGAUUGUAGAGGACAAUAGGGAACAAGGAAUUGAGCAUAACAACGAUGAAGGCCUAGUAUCUCUUGAUAACUUACCUACUAAUAUGCCAUCAUCAAGCAAUGCAAGAACGCAACACACUAAUACCUUUGCCGCUCAGCCAUCGAGAUUACCUACAUACAUGGAUAAUAGAGCUCGAAUCCGUGAAAGGAAUAUACACACCGCACUAAUAAACGACUUGAUUGAGCACAUUUGGAAGAAAUUUAGUGGUGAAUGGAAUGACAUUUAAUAAUUUACACAUCAUGUAAGCGUUUUUACUAUUUUCCUAUUCAUGUAAUCGUUUUUACUUUUUUUUUCUAUUCAUGUAAUCGUUUUUUACUGUUCUAUUCGCUUGUCUUCGAUGUUAUGAAUAAUUGAACAUGUACUAUUUUGGAUUAUGUCGUUAAAUUUUUUGACAGUUACAAUAUAUAAAUAUUAACAUGUAA